AUGCUCUUUGCUGUGGAAGGAGGAGGGUUCUUCUCUUCUUCAGCAUCUGGGUAUAGCGAUGGCCUGUCCCUUCUGCUGCUCGGCCGUACAAGAGAGGAGAGGCCUAUGAGAGUUUCGCCCUGGAAUCAUUACCAGUUGGUGGGGCAAGGCGUUGACCCUGACGUCCAGCUGGCUUCCAAGAGGACCCACGUGUCUCGCAAGUGUGCCUUCUUCAUUUGCUUCAGACGUGCCUCUGCAAGGCUCGAUGGGCCCUCUCCUCCUCAGGUCGGCCCUGCUCAGCAUCCCACAGAUAUGGGCUCUGCUUCUGAUAUGGACGAGGUCUGUGUGGGGGCUGGUGGUGGUGAUGAGAACGGCGGCAAGGUGCACCUGAAGAGUAACCUUAGGAGGAGCCCAGCCAGUGCUGCUGUCAGAGUUCACAGAGACGCUACUCAUGCUUCUGGAACACACGGUGAAGAACAGGAGGAUGGCGCCGGCCGCAUGGUCAGAAGGAGAGUACACUGGAGAGAUGCGUGUGGGAGCGAUCUAGCUGAGGUCAGAGAGUUUGAUGUCAGGUACUUUCAACCCUUCUCAGUGUUCUCCGUCAUCUCACCCUUCUCUGAUUCCCAGUCUGUCUUUGUUUUAUUUUUGGACGAAACAGAAUUAUAAGUUUUUAUUAUUAUUAUUAGUAUUUAAUUUAUUAAAAAAAGUCGCAUGUUCUAUGUUCUUGACCAACCCUUUUGAUAUCUGUUAAUUUUCAGAUGAUUAUAUUAUUAAUUUUCAGCCGUGGUUUGAGCUGAUAAUUGCUUCAGCUGAUUAAUUAUUUUAUAGUUUUAGGUGCCCAUAUCUUAUAUAUCUUGCCCAGAUCUGAAUCCGGGGUUCCUUUGGUGUUUGACUUCCAGAUGUGGCAUCAAAUGAACUGGGUCGAAUCUCAUAUCGUCGGUAGGAGAGUUUGACUUUUGAGUAUCGUCUGUAAGAGAAGGAACAGAAAGGGCACCAGUGAACCGAAAUGAAGACCAGAAAUAGUGUAAUUAGUUUAGCUUAGGUGUAACGUCAAAGUUGACUCGGCAGGUGUAUUGACCGCCGUUCCAGGAGUCAACUCCUCACAUUGGAACUGGCCAAAGUUGACUCUGCAGCAUCUCUCUCUUUCUCUCUCAGAAACGGAGAGAGCAGGAAAUCCCAUCUGUGGAGAGGAUCAUGGGAACCAUUAAUGCGGAAAUUCUGAGAUUUCUUGUCCCAUAUGUUAGGAAAUAAUGUGCCCUCAGUUUCUAAAUACAGUUUUUUUUUUGUUUUUUUGGGGACUAAUUAUGAAUCUCUGUGGUGAAAAUUGGGCAGCGAAGAGGAGCCGUCGGAUGAAGAGCUCGAACCGGAAGGCAUCCGAGCAUGCGAGUGCGUCAUUCAGUAG